AUGGCUUACUUUUUUUCAAUCAAAAAUAGAAUCAAGAACCAAAUUUUCAACAAUAAUAACAUUAAUAAUAAUAAUAAUAAAAAUAAAAAUAAUAAUAAUGCCCUUGAUAAUAAUUAUAGUAGCAAUUUUUCAAAUAUCAAAUCUAUUGAAGAUUUUAUCUCAAGUCUCCAAAAUGUCAUUUCUGGUUUAGAAAUCAACUUUAUUCAAAAAGAAGAAAUGAUCGCAAAUUUCAAUAGAUUUGAAAAAGAAAUAAGAUAUUACAUUUCAAAUGGCCAAAUUGAUGGAUUCCAAGAUGUUAUAGACUGUAUUUUUAUUGACUCAUUAGGGCUUUUGGAAAAACUUAGAUCUAAACAAAAGCGUAAAAACAGUAAAAUACAAGAUAAUAUCAGCUAUAUUAUUGUAUCUUUAUUUUUUUUCAUUAGUGGUACUUGCCGUUCAAUUAACAUAAUUAGAUUUUUAUCUAUUUUGUAUAACGACAAAUCAGAAAAGGCAAAUCUCUGUAAGGAACAUUUAAUAGAAAUUCUUCCUUCAUUAAGAAUACAUGAAUUGGUCCCAACUUUAAAAUUUUUCAAUUCAUGCCACAGAGAAAUAAUCACUAUUGGGAAUCCAGUCAAUGUUAACCCCUCAUCAGUUUCUUCUAACUUUAGAAGCUUAGUUUCAGUUAUGUAUAAUAAUCACAGGGGUUUAUACGGAAAAGAAAAUAUUGCCAUUGUUGACUCGAUAGUUUGUGAAUCAAUAGAACUUUCCAGUUGUAUUUGUUUAGAAGGUGCAUUCAAAUUCUAUUCAGACUUGUAUCUCAGUCUCCCCCUAUCUUAUCAAGGUUGCCAAUUAUUAUUCAAUACUCAAAUAGUUUUUAGAUGUCUUAUGAUUAUCGCAAAACAUGAAAAUUACAUGGGUUUUAUCAAUUCUUUUAUCAAUCAAUAUUGUAGAGUUUAUAAUUGCACCUGGUCUAUAAGGAACAUUGUUUUAAAACUACUGUCAUUUAACGGAUUCAUAUCGAUUUGUAUAUUUGCACCAUAUUUGUAUAUAUGCAUAGUCCCAGAAACUAAGACAUUAUAUUGUUUGAGUAAUUCGGCAAUUUCAAUUGUAUCUUAUAAAAUACCAGAAACAUUUGAAAAUGAACCGAUUGCUAUGUUCUCGAAAUGUGGAGCUACUUUGGUAAUUGUUAAAAAAACUGUUUAUAAAUUAAUCGGUUUGAUGGUGUCUUUGGUACAUCCAAUAAAUGAUGAUUAA